AUGAUUAGGUAUCCCACAUCUCUCAAGAACCUAAGCAUUGUUGAGAUCAUGGGAACUUUGGCACUAGAUAAUGAGAAUGUGCACACUGAGGAGUACGUAACAUUGGGGCUUAAAGAAUCAGGGAAUGGAAGUUCAGGAUACCCCCGAGUUUUAUCACUUUUCUCAACACUUCUUGAGAGGUCUGUUCAGAAAAACGAAAGGAUACUAGAGGCCACGAAGACCAAAGAUGCUAUCACAAUAUUUCACGGUUCAAGAGCACCUUCUUUGGGCAUCCGUCAAUAUGUUGAUCGCAUUUUCAAGUACUCGCGCUGCAGCCCUUCAUGCUUUGUUAUAGCAUACAUAUAUGUGGAUAGAUUCGUUCAGAGGACAAAUUUUUACCUAACAUCCCUCAACGUUCACCGAGUUAUAAUCACCAGUGUAAUGGUGGCUGCGAAGUUUAUUGAUGAUGCAUUCUUCAAUAAUGCAUAUUAUGCUAGAGUGGGAGGCGUAAGCACGGCAGAGUUGAACAAGUUGGAGAUGAAGUUUUUAUUUGGUCUCGACUUCCAACUUCACGUGACUCUCCAGACAUUCAGGAAGUAUUGUUCGCUGUUGGAAAAGGAAGCAACGGACGUGCUUCAGAUUGAACGCUCGUUCCAGGCAUGUGGAAUAAAAAAGAGCUGGCAAAACAAAGAUGAUUCAACUUGCGCUCCUACAAUUGCUAGAUGA